AUGAUUUCUAUAGAUCAAUGGGAUGAUUUGGUGUUUCCAGAUAACGUUAGCUUACAAAGAACUGUUAACGAUGUGCUAGAAAAUUUUCGCCAAGCGAAAGAAACGAUUUCCAAUAUUCAAAUUAGAGACGAGAUUUCAAAUUCAUCAACUAAAUUAUUUGAUGAAUUUGAUAUCGAAAUCUUAAACAAUACGCUUAAUGAUAGAAGUAACGAGUUGAAUGGAUUAAUCGAAAAAAAGGCCAACGAGUCUUUAAGAAUGUCAAUGUACAUUAAAGACCUUGCGGAAUAUUUCAAGGUGAUCUCCCAAAAAAAUACUAGUGUAGAUGUUAUAUUGGAAACAUUGUCAACAUCAUUGGAUUUAGCAAAAGAAAGGAAAUCCAUCGCAGAAAAAUUAAAGGAUGGUUUCAAUCAAUUUAUCAUUCCAGGCUCCAAUUACUUUGGUAUUGCUAUCGCUGACCCGCCUAUUAACAACAAAGAGUUCAAAAGAUCGAGAAGAAAAGCGACUUCUUUUAAUAUAAUUUUAUUACUAUGCGCAUUAAUUAUCUUUGCUAUAGCUUAUAUUUCUCCUAUUUACAUUGACAACCCAAUAUCUAAAUUUGGAGACUUCGGUAAUACAACAUCGAUUGGAAAUAAAGGUUUCAAUAAUACAUCACCGACUGAAAAUGAAGGCAGUGGCGAUAAAACUGAUAAGAGUGGUAUUCCACAUAAUGUAACUGAAAACUGGAUAAAAAAUUGGGCCAAUACUUUCCUCUUCUAUAUUAAAUCUAAAUUUGAAGGCAGUAAUACUACAACACAGGCUGGGAAUGAAGGUAAUGACAAUACAGUGACUGGGAAUGAAGGUAAUGGCAAUAUAAAUGGUGAAAAAGAAACUCACAAUGAUACAAAACCAACUGAGGCUGAAAGCUGUACGAAGAAAAAAAGUCGGUACGGUAAUUUCCUUGGCAAACCUGAAUUUGAAGGCAGUAAUACUACAACACAGACUGGGAAUGAAGGUCGUGCAAAUACAAAGGAUGACAAAGAAACUCCCCCUGAUGACGUAAAACCAACUAAAACUGAAAACUGUACGAAGAAAGAAGAAAUAGAAACCCUCCCUAAUGACAUAAAACCAACUGAAACUAAAGGCCAUGACAAUAAUACAUCUCAAGUCAAUAAUGUUAAUUAUAGCAAUAACUUUAUUAUAAUCAUUAUUGGUGUCGUAGUUGUAACUUUAUUGUUGAAGAAAGUUAAUGAAUUAUCUCAAGAGAAUACAACAGAUCAAUCCACUGAAGAAAAGAAAGAAAAAGAAAAAUUGUUACGAUGUAAUGAAAUUAUUAACAACAAGUUACCGGCUAUCGCCACAAACGCAGACAUUUUAUACCAAUUUUGGGAACAAAUUAUUCCAAUUCUUGAAUCACAUAUUGAGGCUCUAGAAUCAGUAAACGGACAGACGGAUAUCAAGUUACCCCAACUUUAUGUAAGAAUAAAAGAAAAAUGGUUAGAAGAAGAAAAUAAUUGCAAAUCAAGUUACUAUGCGUUAAAAAAUAGCGUGGCGAAAAAUGGUCUAAUGUUUAAUGAAACAAAUAAUUCAAAUUAA